AUGUCAGGUUCAAUGGUUGAUGAAUCUUAUCAGUGUCUUAAUGGAGCUUUAAAAAUUUCUUCAAAAAAUAAAAAUCAAAAUUUAGUAGAUAUCAAAAAUAAUAGAAAAGAGGCAUCAAAGAUUAAAGAGUUUUUGAACCCAUCAAGUCCAGCAAAAGUUCCUAGCAAGAAAGAAGAAAAUAACAAAUUUACGAAUAAUGAUGAGUUUGAUGGACAACAAAAAGAUUAUUCUAAUAAUGGUGUUAAUCGAGAACAAAAUACACAAGUUGUUGGAAUAGAAGAAAGACAUUCACCAGACACGGUACAACAAUCUUCAAUGUGUCCAUGUUGUAUCAUAAUGUGA